UUUAUAUUUAGGUUUCGGCUUGAUUUCACUAGUUAUUUACCAUAGUGAUUUGGUUUCGAUUUUAUAUUUUGGUUUCGGUUUUAUAUUUUGGUUUCGGUUUUAUAUUUUGGUUUGGAAUUGAUCAAUUUAAUUGGAUUCUUAAAAUCCUGAUUUCGGGCCCUUUCAUUCGGAAGGGACAGAAAGAUACGGCACUGUAGAAAGAAGACCACAGAAAACCAUCAAAGAGCGACAGUCGAGUCAUAAUAAUUUAUUGAAUCUAGCCAGCACUAGCUAGCUAGAACCAGGAGACAAAGAAGAGGUAUACUACUAGUAUAGAAAAGAAUAGAAGAAGAAACCAUGGGAGAAGACGAAUUGGACCUGGAUCAAGAACUCGCAGCCUUGGAUUUGGAUACCAACUUUUUGGAAUCCACCGAUUCCUUGGAAGAGGCACAGGACGACGACGACGACGCCAUUGACCCAAUACCAAUAGCGGAAGCAGCAACACCACCCCGGGCGACGACUCCCCCCAGGACGGCAUCACCCAAACCUCCUUCUUCCAAGUCGAAUCUGGGAGAUUGGGCCAAUCGUCCCGAAAUUUACAGUCGUCAUUACAAACCCAAUCCACAGGAACGAGCAGAACUCGAACAAAUUGCCACUCUGCUCGGCGUCAAGUCGGGCUUGUUGAAAUCGGGUGGAAAGAAUCCCUUGGAAAGCAUUUUUGGCGGUGGUGGCAAUGGAGACGAUGCUACCAAAGAUGAAGAUCCUCACAAUCCACAAUGCCAAUGGAAUCGAUUGGUCGUGGGAAAAGCCACGCAACAAACUCAAAAUCUACCCAUUUCGCUACUCCUCAAACAAGGCACCGUCUUGUAUAAAGAUGUCGACGAUGACGGCGAAACGACGACGCAUCAUGGAUGUCAACUGUUGCUAUUUACGCGCGGAUUUUUAAUUGCCAAACCGGAAACCGUCUCGGCGGGAUUGUUUGGCCGACAAAAAUCCGAAAUACUGACACCGCUCGGCAGUGCCCUCUGGACCAAUGUUCGACAAAUUCAAACCACUGUUCAUCAAACUUUGAAAUUGACCUGUCACGACGGGACCACCACUUUUGAAGUUUUGCCGUCGCAAGAUGUCGCCACGUGGACCAAAGUCCUCCAAACAGCCGCUAUACAAGCACAUGCUCAGUUUUUGUCAGCGGCACAGCACACAGAACGAGGAUGGCAAUAUCGACUCUGUCAGACACAUUGGUUCACCGAAGCCGUGACGGGUGUUUGGGAAGAUGUCGGAUUGGAAUUUGCCACCAAAGACAGUGCCGAACAAGGAUUGGAUCAACUCGAUUCGUACAAUCACUAUGCGCCCUUGCAUUACGCUACACGGGCGGGACAUUUGGACGUCAUUCAACACUUGUUGCAAGCCGGAGCCAAUCCCAAUGUCGAAGAUGGAGAAGGAAAAACUCCCAUGUAUUAUGCCGAACGCGAUCAACUACACCACGCCAUUGUAUCCGUCUUGACCGAAUUUGGAGGCACACACUCGCAAAAGGCAGAAGAAGAAAUGAGAGGAGAACUCUUUGGAAAGGUGGCCGACACGGAACGGGCGCGAGAAGAAAAGAGAGAAGCCGAGGCAUCCGCCGCAAAAGCGGCACAAGAAAAGGCCGCCACGGCACAAUCCCAAAUGGCACAAAACCUGAACGCCAUGCACAAACGAGGAGAAAUGAUUGAAGAACUAGGAGACAAGGCUAGUGAUUUGCAAGACGGUGCGCAGGAUUAUGCAGAUAUGGCGGCACAGCUCAAGGAGAAACUGAAAAAGAAGAGUGUCUGGGGAUUUUAGCUAGCGUGCGUACCGUACAGUGUGUAGUUGCAGGUAAACGGUAUGAGGUAGCAGGAAUAGAU